UCAGUCAGUACUUUAUGGAUAACGACGGUGUGUGUGACAUUUCUAGAUUAGUAAGAUUUCAAUGUGUUUUACAAUCGGACGACGGUUUUUAAGUUUAUUAAUAGCUGCGUUAAUAAGAAGAAAAUCUUGUAUACGGACGAGCAUAUAAUAAUAUAAAUUUAAGCAAAUAUGAUAAUAAUUUUCAAAAAAACAACAUAGAGUAUACCCGCAAACGUAUCACAAAAUCAAGUGACCUGUUUUUAGUGAAAGCAAAGCCUUUGUUAAUUGCCUUCAGAAAUAUUUUAAUUAAUGAAAAUUGAAAAGAAAUAUCAAUAAAAAUAAAUGAAGAAUAAAGUGCUAAAGUUCUCGAAAUCAUCAUUUUAGCUUGGUGUUGAACGAGAAAUUCUUUAUUGUAAAUAAAACGUAAAUUAUAUAAGCAGAGUGUGCGUAAAUGUUUCAAGAUAUAGCCACAUUGGAGCGACAACAACAACAAAAUGUUCGCAAAAUCUUGAGUUUUAAACGCAGCUAAAACAGCAACAACGAAGCUUUUAUGGACAAUCACUUAACCUUCAGAUGCAUACAAUUAGCAAAUGCAAUUCAGAACGUUACAAUCUACAAUUGGUAUAAAUAUACAUACAAUAAGUAAAUUUAUAUAUAACCACUGGAAUAUAUAUUCAAAAUGUAUCUAAUUUACAAUAAACAAGCCGCAUUAUUGCUCAUAACGUUGUGCUGGGCAAUAUUGGAGAAAACAGUUGGUAAAGAUAUAGGAACGAGACCGGUUCAAACUAAUAAUAAAGGCUCGAUAUCGUGGGGCGGUGAAAGUCUAAGUUUAGUUGCAUCAGCGAGAGAAGAUAUAUGUAAAGUUCAUUGCAACUGUACCAAACGAAACAAUUUCCAAUUAAUAUCUUGCGAUUUCCGGAAAAACCGAUAUUUAAGUGAGAUUUUCGGAAAAAAUUUUCAAGUACCAGCCGAUGCCACUUCAGUCACAAUUCACUUAGCCGUUCGUACCAACUUUCGCUUGGAAGCAGGUUUCUUUAGUGAGUCUAGGGUGAACAGUUUAAGGAUAGAAGGAACGAACAGCGACGAUCAAGUGGAAAUAACAAGCGAGGCUUUCAGUGGUAAUGACGGACCUUAUCCCGAUAUACAAAUCAACAAUGUGCAGACUGUGUUUGUGCGCAAACAAGCAUUCCUGGCAUGUACAAGUAAAUUUACAGUACGCAAUAGUAAUGAAGUGAUUUUAUAUGCUGAUGCCUUUGAGGAAGCUGAAGUAAAUGGCCUUUUUGUGGAUAUUAAGGAUUUACGUAUAGAUGAAGGCGCUUUCAAUUUAGCAAAAGCAAAACUUCGUAUUGAAAAAUCUAAUAUUGAUAAUCUUUAUCGAUUUGGCGCAUUUUUGAAUGAGAUAUGUUUUACAAAUAGCAAUAUCACCACCAUUAACAAUGGAACUUUCGACGUCUUCAACAUAAAUGCAAUAAUUUUUGAAGGGUGUCGCAUCGAUGCAAUCAAGUCAAGAGCAAUCACAGAAAGGCUUUUCAGCAAACAUGUAUCAAUUACUGAUGCCGUAAUUGGUUUUAUUGAGAGCGAAGCUAUUUAUGGUACCGGCAUAUCGGAACUAAUUAUUAACAAUAAUAGCAUUGAUACAAUUUAUGAAAACGCAAUACAAGUGGCAGCGAUUAAUGCAACAAUUACGAAUAACACCGUUAAACAUCUCAGCAAUAAUUGGUUGCGAGUGAAAGAAUGGUCCAAAAUUAUUAUAGAAAAAAAUAAAUUUGGCGAAUUUGGCAUGAUAAAUCUAGAGCCCACUAAACAACCAGCUGCUUGUCGCUUUAAUGGAAACUCACUAACGCAACCGUUGCCGGGUAGCUUGAAUAUGAACUCGAAUUGCAUAAUACAUGAAGUGUCAGUGAAUAUCGCUUGCCGAUGUAAUCCUACUUGGUUGCACGAACUUACCGCACACGAUUUAUAUUCGGAAAUGUAUUGCACUAUUGACAAAAAAUUGGGCCUCUGCUUUAAUAGAACUACUCUCAAUUUACAAAAAUAUCUGCAUGAAGUAUGCGACGACACAAAAAAUACUUUGGACUGCGGUGCUAAUCGAAACCUUACCAGAGUUAACGACAAAUUCUUUACACCCGAAGAACUUCAGCAAAAAGACUCCAAUUUCCCAACAUUUUUAUCUAUUUUUGGUGGUAUAUUGGUACUGUUCGCUGUAGUACUAGCCGUACUCUUAAUAGUUAUAUGUGUAAAAAAAAAAGACGCUUGCAGAUCAACUAAUACAAGCCUCAUACCAUAUGCUAAUGAACAUGUACAUGAGUUCUCAAAUGAAGAUCGAGUUAUUAUUGAUCGUACUAUGCAGUUGCUGCAAAAAAAAUAUCCACAAAUUUAUAAACAGGUUAAGGAAAACACACAAGAAAUACUUCGUAGUGAUUUACCACACAGGAAAUGUGUAAAAGCCAUCAGCCAAAUUGUAAAUUUGUUAAAUGAGGUUCGCAACGCAGAUAAAGAUUUGCUUAUAGUUGAUUUCAAUAAUUUAUUAACACAACAUCUACAACCACCACAACCAACUGCGCCACCUGUUGAUCCAGUUUACACUGAACCGAGCCUCACCGGUAAUGACGGUGGUUUCUAUACUUCGAGUACAAUAGUGCCAGUAGAGGGUUAUGCUCUUCGAAAUGAGAUUUGUGGUGAACCUGUACCACUGCCCGAACAUAUAUAUGCAGAGCCCAAUUGCGUUGAACAACCACUGUUACGCAACGAAUACGCUUCACCGUCCGAUCACCAUCAGAAUAUGGAAGGCAUGGAUCUAUACUCAGAUCCUUACAAUGGUCGAGAUAUAACAAAAGCAGCUCCAUAUGCAGUAAGUGUUGCUGCUCCACCACAUCGUUCACCACAAUAUGCUACGCCUAUGCGUAAUCAAAAACUGCCAAAUCUUCCGUCCAUCUCAAAACGUACACAGAAUCUGCCAGAUGUGCUCUACCAAAGUCACAACAACAAUAACAAUAACACGUCUGCAACUAUAACACCCCAAACAGAAAAUAAUCAUCAAAGCCAUAAACCUUUAACGAACGUGCAAAAACUAGCACAAGAUCUCCAAAACAAAGUUCCAAAUCUAAAUCCUGCAAAUCACCAACACCAACAACGAAAUAUGCAUUUAUUUACGCCCGCUGUGUAUACUGCACCGGAUGUGAGUCACAAACAAAUAAGAGUUCCACGCCUUGCCUCUCCAGAAACAGAUGAGUGUGAAAUGGAUAUGCGUGGCGCCACAGGACUACCACCCGAAACUAGUUCUAAUCAUUCAGGUGGUAGCAAUGAGACUGUAGAAAUCGAUGAAGUUAUUGAAUAUGCAGACGCAUAGAUAGAUGCGAAAAUAGUCUAAGGACUAGACCGACAGCAACUUCUUUAAAUGAUAGUCAGUGGGCAGGGCAACACAUUAAACAAGCUUGUGAUUUUUAUUUUAUAAAUAUUUUAUAAAUUAUUUUGUAUUUAAUUACUUUACUAUUAAAAACUUAAUCUAAUUUGUUAACUUUUGUGAACUUUAAGUAUUUCAUUCGAAAAACAAUCGCUAUGCACAUGUAUAAAUCUUUAUAUA